AAUAAAAAAAAACCAAAAUGGCUGUGUUUUCGAAAUUCUCCGACAAAAUUGAUCAACUGGGUCUUCCAAAACCCGUCAUAACCCAUGCCCUCGUGGGUGCUGCCAUCAUGGCCUGGUCCCUUAAAAUGGCUGUGCCAUUGUUGACCAAAAACAAAAACCGCAAACAAGACAAAUCCAAAAAGAUUGUCUUCCAGAGCCAGGAAAGCGAUGAGGAGGAAAGUAAAUUGGCCGAAGCCGAAAAGCUGUUGGUCGCCCAAAAUCAAAAGAACAAAAAAGCCCAAGAGCCCGGCCUAAACAAAGAGUUCUUCAAACAGCUGUCACAAAUGAUUAAAAUUAUGAUUCCACAACCUUUCAGCUAUGAGACAGGUUUACUGGGAGUCCACACACUGUGCCUGAUAUCACGUACCUUCCUUAGUAUUUAUGUGGCCCAGCUUGAGGGUACCAUUGUCAAGUACAUUGUACGCAAGGAUGUUAAGAAGUUCAGUUUGCUGCUACUAAAAUGGUUCGGCAUUGCCAUACCCGCCACCUUUGUCAAUUCCAUGAUUCGUUUCCUGGAAAGUAAAUUGGCCUUGGCAUUCCGUACCCGGCUGGUGCGUCACGCCUAUCGUUUGUAUUUCAAAAAUCAAAAUUACUAUCGUGUCUCAAAUUUGGAUGGCCGCAUUGAGAAUGCCGAUCAUCGUCUGACCGAGGACAUUAAUGUCUUUGCCACAUCUAUUGCCCAUUUGUAUGGUAGUGUGACGAAACCAUGCUUUGAUCUGAUGUUGAUUGGUUUGUCAUUGAUGCGUUCCACACAGAAAAUGGACUCAAAUAUCUUCUCAGGACCAUUACUGUCUGGCUCUGUGAUUUUACUCUCAGCCUAUAUUAUGAGAACAUUGUCUCCCAAAUUUGGUCAAUUGGUGGCGGAGGAAGCCAAUCGUUAUGGCUACCUGAGACACAUCCAUUCACGUAUUAUUACCAAUGCUGAGGAAAUUGCCUUCUACGGUGGCCACAAAGUGGAACUGCAACAGCUCAGACAUGCCUACAAUCGUCUGGUCAAACAGAUGAACAACAUCUUCGUACAAAAACUGUGGUUUGUCAUGCUGGAACAGUUCUUUAUGAAAUAUGUGUGGUCCGGUACCGGUAUGGUUAUGGUAUCGUUGCCAAUUUUGACUGGUUCCACGGGUUCGGCUGCUGCCGCAUCCACCAUUGCCACCAAGGACUCUUUGGUCAGUGAACGUACCCAAUAUUUGACCACGGCCCGUAAUUUGCUCAUCUCCGCCUCCGAUGCCAUUGAACGUUUAAUGUCUUCCUACAAAGAAAUAGUGGCCUUGGCCGGUUACACCAGCCGUGUGGCCGGUAUGUUUGAGGUAUUCGAACAAACUGCCCAGGGUGUUUACAAUAAGAACACCGUGGCCAAGAGUAAUGAAUCGGCAAGUAUAAUUGAAUUCCGCAAUGGUUUGCCGGUGGCCAAGGGCCGUAUUGUCUACACCAGUCCAGAUAGUACCUCCAUUUCGCUGCGCGCCGUACCUGUGGUAACGCCCAACUGUGAUGUUGUGGUGCCUUGUUUGAAUUUGGACAUUGAACCCGGCAUGCAUUUGCUGAUAACUGGACCCAACGGUUGUGGCAAGUCAAGUUUAUUCCGCAUUUUAAGUGGCCUUUGGCCAAUUUAUGCCGGUGAGCUGCACAUACCCAAACCGGUCGAGGAGAAACCCUGUAUGUUCUAUAUUCCCCAACGUCCAUAUAUGUCCAUUGGUAGUCUCUGCGAUCAAAUUAUCUAUCCCGAUAGCCGAGAAGAUAUGAUGCGCAAGGGUGUUACGGAAGAUGAACUGAGAAGUAUUAUGAAAAUGGUGACCCUGGAACACAUUGUCGAUCGUGAUGGUUUCGAUGUGGUACGCGAUUGGAAGGAUAUCCUAUCGGGUGGUGAAAAACAACGUAUGGCUGUGGCACGUCUAUUCUAUCACAAACCCAAAUAUGCCCUGCUCGAUGAGUGUACCAGUGCCGUGUCCAUUGAUGUGGAGAGUAACAUGUACGAGAGUGCCAAAAAGAUGGGCAUUACCCUGUUGACCAUUACACAUCGUCCCACAUUGUGGAAAUUCCAUACACACAUAUUGGAAUUUGACGGUUUGGGUGGUUGGUGUUUCCGUAAAUUGGAACCAAAUGAAACACAAAAGCAGUAUAACUAA